AAAUAGACGGACUCUUUAAAGCCAAACCAAGGAGACAAAUAUAGAAAAUAUGUGUCAAGUUUGGGGAAAUUCCAAGAGACCCUACGAUUUGAUUACGAAGAAAUGGCUUCCUACACAUCAGACGUAGAACUGAGCAGCUCCUUAGAUCAAGAUGAAGAGCCGCUUGGUGAACUUACUGAUGAGGAGCUUCACAUGCUAGUUGAAGAUAACAUCCGUGCUAAUGAAGUUUUGCGGAUUGAAACAUCCAUGUUUGAAAAAUACCUCAAAAGAGUUGAUCCAAAGGAUAUAACUUUGCAGUCAUCUACAACAGCACAGGCAUCUCACAGCCAAGACGCAACACCAAGGACUUUCAGAAAGCGCUCAAGGUCUCGUGGUCAUUCUCUAGACAAACACCUGAAACUAACUGCAGAGCAGAAGUGCGACAUUGCAACAAGGGAGCUUGAGGAACUGAGAGAAGAAAUUGAAAGACUGAAAGAAGAAUCCGAUAAAAUCUUAGACAAUUACAAAGCAGUUAUGGAGGAGGCAGACAUUCGUUUUGCUGAAGUGAAGAAAGCGCAGUAUGAAUUCAAUAGAGACAUUGUUUCCGGAUCUGUGAAUACCAGAACACAGAAAGUUGUUGCAGAAAAACUGAUGAGAUAUUUAGAAGACAAAGUUCGCUCUCGUGACACUUUAAUCGAAAAGCUGCGUCUGAAAAAUACAACUUUGAAGGUUCUUAAGAAGAAGCUGCAAUUGCAAUUAAAACAGAAAGAAGAAAUGGGAGAAGUACUGCAUGAGGUUGAUUUUAACCAAUUGAAGAUCGAAAACAGUCAGUACCUUGAGAAGAUCGAUGAACGAAAUCAAGAUCUACUUCGUCUGAAACUCAUGGCUGGAAAUGUUCUGCAAGUUCUGAAUACUUAUAAGAAAAAGUUGUAUUUGCUGACAGCGGAAUCUGAUAGGCUCAAAGGUGAAAUUGGACAGAGAGAUGAAAUGCGAAGCAGGAUUGAUAAAGAAACAAAGGACGGUGAAAAAGAUCGUCGUGACGCUGAGCUGCUAAACAAAAAGUUAAGACAACAGCUGGCGGAGUACAAAGUCCCGGAUGUUAUGGAGUAUGUCAAAGAAAAAGCAAAUCUAUACAGUUUGCGCAAAUCGGUAAACAGCUGGGAAAGAAAAGUAGAGAUUGCUGACAUGGCUUUAAAAACGAAUCAUAAGGCAUGGCAGAAAAUGAAGAGCGCUGUUCAAGAGCAACAACAAGCACAAUGGGACUCGCCCUGAUUGCAUUUAAACACGUGAAUCUCUCGCGUUGACAGCUUCUAGCGUCUGUAUUAGUUCGUAUUUAUUUUUAGAAAAUUUUCUGCUGUAAGGUAACAA